AUGUCGUUCUCGUACAACGAUCCGAUGCGCCCGCUGGCGCUGCAGCGGUCCCACUCGCUGCCGCAGUUGCUGAGCUCGCGCGAAGACUCCGGCGUGGCGCUGAGUGCGAGCGGUUCGUGCAGUGGGCUGAACAACUUCGGCUACGGUUCGGACGGGUCGUGGACGAGGCGACACCGGCACCACCAUCAUCACCAUUACCACCACCACCACCGCUACCGACAGCCGGACCUGAAGAUUCCGUACGGGGCACGGCUGGUGGCCGACCUGCGGCAGCUGAUCACGCUGAAGCAGCACUACUACCCGGAAGGCGGCUGGGGCUGGCUCGUCACCUACAUCGGCAUCGUCAUCCACUGCAUCGCCCACGGGCUGCAGCUGUCGGCGGGUGUGCUGCUGCUGCAGACUGCCAACUUCUUUCCCCAUGUAACCGUGGCUGCAGGAUGGCUGGGAGCGCUCUCGACGGCGGUGGCCCUCUUCAUUUCGCCCAUCACGAUUGCGGUGUGCAAGCGGAAAUCAACGCGCCUGACGGCCGUUAUCGGUGGUCUGGUGACGGCACUCGGGUGCCUCUUUACCUCGUUCGCCUCGCAGUUCCACCAGCUGUUCUUCAGUUACGGUACGGUCGUCGGUAUCGGCGUUGGGAUGACGCGCGAUUGCUCCACGCUGAUGGUGGCACAGUACUUCAAGAAGCGGCGCGAGCUGGUCGAGAUCUUCAUAGUGGCCGGCAGCGGGCUGGGCAUCGCCGUGAUGUCCGCGUUCAUUCAGUCGGCGAUCGACACGAUCGGGUGGCGGCUGGGCCUGCAGGCCGUCACCGGCACCGUCUUCAUCACGUUCAUCCUCGGCACCUGCUACCGGUCGGCCUCCCUGUACCAUCCGCAGCGGCGCGCGAUCCUGCACCUCAAGAACCAGAAGCGCAAGAUCAAGGACAAGAACAAGCACGACGACCGGCCCCCGUUCUUUGACUUUAGCACGCUGCGAAGCAAAACCGUACGCAUCCUGCUGGCAUCCACCGGGAUCGGAGCGUUCGGUAUCAACACACCGAUCUUCUAUCUGGCGCACGAGAUCCAGAAGGAUGGCAUCGGCGACAAGGUGAUGAUCCUGCAAAUCUACCUCGGCCUCGCCUGGACGCUCGGGUGCUCGGCGUUCGGCGUGCUGGUGGUGCGCAACAGCGUCGAGUGCCGGAUCGCGCGGCAGUACCUCUGCCAGACGGCCAUCUUCAUGUGCGGCGUGUGCAUCCUGGCGCUGACGGCCGUCCAGGGCAACUACCACGGUUACGUGCUGUUCGUCUGGAUUUACGGCAUCUUCUGCGGCGGCUACCACUACUCGCUCAAGAUGUACACGUACGAGAAGGUGCGCGCCCGCAACUUUGCCCGCGCCUGGGGCUUCGUCCAGUUCUCGCAGGCCAUCCCGAUCGCGCUCGGUGUGCCGCUGUCCGGCUACAUGAACGAGACCGGCUCCGGGGCGGCCGGGUACUACUUCAGCUCGGGCUGCGCCAUCGUCGGCAGCGUGAUGAUGUUUCUGAUCGACCUGCACCGGCGCUCGGUGUCUCGCCACAAACACACCAGGGCGAACGGAACGCGCCACCUGUGCGUGUCGGAGAGCUGCCCGCAGCGCCGGAAGCUAUCGUUCUCGCAGGAGCCGGACAACGAGCCGGGCAUAAUUACCGGCAACACGGCCAUGAUGAUCGGGCCCGAGCUGCUGAUACCGCCGCUCAGCGAUGGCAUCGUCGAGCCGAUCAACGGGCUCGACAAGCCCGAGCUGACCUGCAUCUCCGAGGAGGGCAUCGCCGACAUGGACCUCCCGGACAAUCUGCUCGACGAUCUCGACUACGUUGGCGACUGCAUUACCUCCUGCAACAAGGUGGAAAACUAUCUCAUGCUCAGCGAGUUCGAGAACAACCUCAGCGCGGAAGUUCCUAUCCUGCUCGACAAGCGCGGCCGCCGGCUGUCGCUCUCCAAGACGAAGGCCCUGCUGGCGGGCCACCUGGCUGGCGGGACGGCAGCUGAUUCUUCGGCCGCGGCCGCGGCCGCCGCCGCCGCCGCCGGUCUCUUGACGCUCACGCCCGAUGUGGCUCCGUACGCGCAUCACCCCGACUGUGCCGCCGAGUGCGUCCUCGUGGUGACGCCCUCCCCCACGGGUUCGCGGGACCCCGCACUGUCGGAGGCGGGUCUCUGCGAGCCCGGCACAUGGUGCGACAAGUCUGUGCACCCCCUGUACCACCCCCAUAAUCACCAUUUCCAGCAGCAGUACGUCACGAUGGCCAACGGGGACGGCGAGAUGAGCAGCACGGCCAGCGCCCCCAACAAGCCGGGCACCGUGGGCAACGGUGCGGGGCUGAAUGUGGAUAAGCCCUGGGCAGGGAAGUCGUUGGUGGGCGGCGGGUGUCUUAUCCCGGCACAGCAGCACUGCAGACUGAACAGCAAGUGGCGCCCGAGCCAGCAGGUCGGUUUCCUCAACAGUCGCGUUAUAUCUGUGAUCGAUGAAGCCUCAGUUUAG